AAAACAAUCCGCCCGCUGAAACCUAGGCCUACCGUGCGCACGCGCGCCUACCUCUGUUGGCAAGGGAGGAGACAGAGCGCCUUCAAAAGCGUUGAGGCGCUUGCGCCGUGAGGAACGGGGUUGUUAAGGUGACUUUUAGGUCAACGGUGUCCGGGAAGGAUGAUCACCAAAUACGUGGGACCUCGCUAUGUACAGCUCUUCCGCACCUGGGUCCCUACGAUGGCCACGUGGGGCGCAGUGGGUGCUGUUGGGCUGGUUUGGGGCACAGAUUGGAGGCUGUUCCUAGACUAUGUUCCCUAUAUCAAUGGCAAGUUUAAAAAAGAUGACUGAGCAGCAGCCGCCUUUAGGAGAGGCCAAGCUGUUUAGUUUGUGAACCCUCGAAAUCCACUGGACACCGAUCUCCUAGCAAAGACAAAAUGCAUUUGUUUUCUCUCUUUGAUGGAAAAAUGCAAUGAGAUGUUCUGUGAACAAAUAAAACCUCAUUCAGC